UGUGUUCCUCAUUGGCCGGAGGGAUGAGUAAGGCUGGGUAGAGGGCCCCCAAUCCGGGGUCGCCGGCCAAUCGGGAAGGUGCAGCCAUGCAGGAUGGCACCCGCUUUGCUUCAGCUGGAGAUGAUGAUGUUAAAAUAUGGGACUCCUCAUCUAUAACUGUAGUGGAGCAGUUCAGUCCACAUACUGCCUCACAUCCAGUUAGCUCUGUGUGCUGGGGCAGCAAUAAUAACUUUCUGGUCACUGCAUCUGCUCUUGGUGAUAAAAUAGUGAUUUCCAAUUGUAAAGGUAAACCAAUCCCACUCUUUGAACUAGCUGAAGGGGCAAAACAAACAUGUGUAAGUUUGAGUUCCAAUUCAAUGUAUAUUGCAAGUGGAGGCAUCGAUAGCACUGUUAAUAUCUGGGAUUUAAAAUACAGAAAGCUUUAUCGAUCUCUUAAGGAUCACAGAGAUGAAAUAACUUGUGUAACGUUUAAUUGGAAUGAUUGCUACAUUGCUUCAGGGUCCAUGAGUGGUGAAAUUAUCCUACAUAGUCUUACUACAAAUUUAUCCAGCACUCCAUUUGGACAUGGUAGCACUCAGCCCAUUCGGCACUUGAAAUAUUCCCCUUUUAAAAAGGCUGUUUUGGGCAGUGUCUCUGACAGUGGGACUGUCACUCUGUGGGAUGUAAAUAGUCAGAGCCCAUAUCAUAACUUUGAAAAUGCUCAUAAAGCUCCUGCCUAUGAAAUCUGUUUUUCUCCAGUCAGCGAGCUGCUACUUGUAACUGUAGGUCUGGAUAAAAGAAUAAUUCUGUAUGACUCCGCAAGUAAAAAGCAGUUGAGGACUUUGGUAGCAGAAUCUCCUCUGACUGCAGUAGACUUCAUGCCUGAAGGAACUACCCUUGCAAUUGGAUCUUCUCGUGGAAAGAUUUACCAUUAUGAUCUAAGAAAACUGACAGCACCUGUGAAGUCAGUCAGUGCUCACAAAACCUCUGUGAAAUGUAUAGCACUGCAGUACUGUAGUAGCUUUUCAAAGUCUAGUCUUAAAACAUCUUCAAAUAAGCAGGUGAACAAAAGAUCUGAUAUCAAAAUGGCAAGUAACACUGCAGGAAAUCAGAAUGCUGGUGUGAUCAAAACCCUUACUUCUAACAUACCUGCUACGUUCUUGCCCCAGUCUUCACCAGCAGUGGAGAGUAAAGGAACAGAUGCUAUUCCGGAUAAAUCAGGAGUUCCUCACAGCAGCAGUUUGGAUAUAAUACCUUCCAAAGAAAUUGAUCAUGGGAAUACUUCUAAUGUAACCAGUUUUGAAGAUUUGGGGAGAAAUAGUUUAGGUGACUUGUUCUCCCCACUUCGAGAUGAUGGUGCAGCUUGUAAAACAAGUGAAGAUGCUCCAGGAAAGGGUGACGGUUUGGACUUUCAGUCUUACCUUUCAAGUUUGGAUUUUCUUUCUCAGUUCAACACAUUUUCUUCAAGAAAAAACCCAGCAGGAUCUGCCUCGCAAGUAGUACAUUCUAGUCCACUUAAUAUAUUUGUUGGCUCACCUAUUAAAGAGGAGGAUGAGAAUCCAAAUCUGGAUCUUGAUGCCAGGAAAGCAAAUCAUGGAAGACCGGAAUUGAGAGAACACUUGAAACAGAUGAGCUCCUCAAGUACUGAUUCUGGAAGUCUGAAUGCUCCCCCAUUGGUCAAUACAGUCAAGAGUCCUGAUUCCAGAGAGAGAUUUAGUAAGAACUUUCAGGGACAACUGACAUAUGAAUCACCCAUGAACGGUACUACCUCAGCAAGUCCAAAGAUAGCCUCUACAGUAACUGCAGGAGUUGCGAAUUCACUGUCUGAAAAAAUAGUAGAUACUAUUGGAAGCGGCAGAUUGAAUGCACCUUUAUCAUCAGUCCAGAUUCAUUUUAUUCAGAACAUGAUACAAGAAACUCUGGAUGAUUUCAGGGAAGCUUGUCAUCGUGACAUUGUGAAUUUGCAAGUCGAGAUGAUCAAGCAGUUUCAUACACAGCUGAAUGAAAUGCAUGCCUUACUUGAAAGAUACUCUGUAAAUGAAAGCUUAGUAGCUGAAAUCGAGAGAUUACGUGAAGAAAAUAAAAGACUGCAGACGCACUUCUGACAAGUCCCUCUUCAUGCCAGGAAAAUUAGUUGAACUCGAUCAUUGUGCUGAGGGAUCAUGGCGUCAUCUAGCCCACACUGAAUUAGUGUAAAUUCAGUGU